UAUUGUUAUUUGUUCUUAUAGGCCAUAUAGUUUAUUCAUAGAUUAGAUUGAAUAUUACAAAAUGGCGAGGCUGAUUUUAUGGCUGGCUAUUCUGUCGGUCAGUUAUUAUGAUAUCUCAGCCAUGAUCCAAAGCGACCCAAUGACGAUGACGUCCCAAAACAUUCUCAACCAAGUAUCAUACCGUAACCCAAUUGUUGGAAUACAAAACGUGCCUGACAGCUGCAAUGACACAUGCCGAAUUAGUGUCCUGCAUAAUCUAUGGACAUUGGUCAGCCAGGGAAUCGCGAAUACUAAAGGCUCUGAUAUAUUCCGUAACGUAGUACUUGUUGGGGACUACAACGAAUGCCUCAAUUCUGUCGGUAACACAUGCCAUGCGAAGGCCUAUUGCACAAACUUGAUUGGAAGUUAUAAAUGCACAUGUUGGUCCGGUUACAGAGACGCGGACACAAACCAAAAACCCGGAAGAACUUGCCAAGAUAUCAAUGAGUGUUCUGAAAAUUCUCAUAACUGCCACGCUGGAUCUGCCUUAUGCGUUAACACCAUUGGCUCAUACCAAUGCCAGUGUAAGAGUGGUUUCAGUGGAGAUGGAAGAGUAUGCCAUGAUAUAAACGAGUGUGAAGCAGGACUACACCAAUGUGAUGCCAAUGCUUUGUGCCAAAACAUACAUGGAAAAUACAAUUGCAUAUGCAAAGAUGGCUUCAGUGGUUCUGGCUUGGUCUGUACUGAUAUAAAUGAAUGUACAUCUGGUACAAGCCAUUGUGACAGAGACGCUACAUGCUUUAACACCAUAGGUGGACACACUUGUGCUUGCAAAACUGGUUUCAGCGGGAAUGGGCAAUGGUGUAGUGAUAUGAAUGAAUGUCUCCUAUCAAGUACAUGCUCUAGUAUAUCUGGUAGUGUCUGCAGGAACACACAUGGUGCAUUUGUGUGCGAAUGUAGCUCUGGAUAUAAAAUGCAAGAAAAUGCUGGUGUAAAGUCAUGUGUAGAUAAGAAUGAAUGCACAGAUGGUACUGCUAAUUGUCACACUGGUUCAAACUGUGUCAACUCACCGGGGAGUUAUAAAUGUCAGUGUCCAACUGGCACUUACAGUACUGGUUCAGCAUGUGCGGAUAUAAAUGAAUGUAAUGGGGGAUCAGUUUGUACUGCUGCUAAUACAGUGUGUGUUAAUACUCAAGGUAGCCACAAUUGCUCAUGCAAAACUGGCUACUUCAAAAAUGCAGGUGAAAAUUGUGUACAGAUUGUAGCAACUUGUACCACUGCGUGUUCUGCCAAUGCUGUAUGUAUUGGGGCCAAUACUUGUGCUUGUAAAAAUGGGUACACUGGCAAUGGUCAAACAUGUACUGAUAUAAAUGAAUGUCAAGCUGCAGUUAGCCCUUGCCCUGCCCAUUCUACAUGCAGUAAUAGUGAUGGAAGUUAUACAUGUACUUGUAAUUCUGGCUACAAGCUUGAGAAUCAUGUCUGUGUGGACCAUAAUGAAUGUUCCACUGCUGGAGUUUGCGGUGUGUUUGGUACAUGCACAAAUACUGCAGGUGGUCACACAUGUACAUGUAGCAGCGGGUACAGUGUUGUAGGUGGUAUAUGUGUUGAUACUAAUGAAUGUCAAUCAAACCCAUGCCAUUCAAAUGGAAGAUGCACAAACAGUCCAGGAAGUUACACAUGUCAAUGUAAUGCUGGAUACCAAGGAAAUGGGUACACAUGUACUGAUAUUAAUGAAUGCAAAGUUGGCCAGAAAUGUGCAAGCAAUGCGAAAUGUACCAACACCCCAGGCUCAUAUACUUGUACAUGCAACAGUGGGUAUAAUGGGGAUGGAGUUACAUGCACAGAUAUAAAUGAAUGCUCAAACUCAGCUACUUGUGGCUCAAAUGGAAUUUGCAGCAACACGGUGGGGUCUUUCAUUUGUAGAUGUAACUCUGGCUACAAUCUUAACGUUGCUGCUAACUCCUGUGUUGAUACUGAUGAAUGUACAGCUGGAACCCACCGUUGCCCAGCUGGUAUUACAUGCAGUAAUGUACCAGGGGGGUACACCUGCCUCUGCAGAUCAGGGUGGUCUUGGGACUCUGUCAGGUUGACAUGCGUUGAUAUUAACGAAUGCUCAGUGGCGAACACAUGCACAGAUCCUAAAGCUGUUUGUGUUAAUUUAGAAGGAAGCCAUAAAUGUGUGUGUAGAAGUGGGUACACUGCAAGCUCCUCUGGGGCAUGCGUAGACGCAAAUGAAUGCGAAUUGAAGGCAGAUGUCUGCCAGGGUUUUAACUCUGAGUGUAUGAAUACUGAAGGCGGUUACAAAUGCUCUUGCCCUGCUGGCCACCAUGGUAUUAAAUCCUUCUGUGUUCCAUCUCAACAGCAAUGUGGGUCGGUUACAAAGUGCCAUUCGCAUGCUACAUGUACAAAUGAAGCUGGGCAGUCCAAAUGUAAAUGUAACACAGGGUAUUUCGGAUCUGGUGAAAUGUGCUUUGCUAAGCAAACAGCUUGCCAAGCUGGAAUCGCCCCAACAGACCAAUGCAGUGCUUCUACCAAAGUUACAUUCUCUAUAUUCCUAUCACUUCUACUUCUCAUAUUCACACUCUUCUGCACGGAAUCUGUUUAAUACGUCAUAGCUGAUGACGUAAUCAAGUCCUACGUCAGAAAACGUCACCAUACUGUUAGAUAUUGUAACCAUUGCAGAUAUUUCAAAGUUAUGCCUCCAAAAUUAAUAGUUUUACUUUAAUAACCCAACGUGUCGCAUUAGUGUAUAUAAUAACAAUGUAAAGAAUUAAUAAACGGAUAUAAAACGUUUCCGAAA